UGCCCGCCGUGGCCCCCGCCAUGAGCGGCGGGGCCAUCGGCCCGAGCCCUUCGCCCGCUGAGGGCCGGCUCUCCCCCAGCCCCUCGGAGGGCUCGCCGCUCUCGCUCCCGUCCCGCUGCAGCUCCCCGGAGCGGGCGGAGCCUCCCGGAGCCUCCCGGAGCCCGCCGGGCCAUAGGAGGGCUGAACGCUCUGAAACAGCAGAGGAGAGAAAAGUGUCACCUUGGAAAGAUAACCUGUCACCAUGGGAAGAGUGGUUCAUUGGCAAAGAGAAGGAGCUGCGAGCCCGCCUGCAGGCUCAGGCUGCAGAGGAAGUGAAUAAACAGCUUGAGGAAAUGAAGCAAAAUCAAGAAUGGGAAAGAAGAAAAAGGAUAGCUGAAGAGAAACACAAGGAAUGGGUCCUAAAAAAGAGAGAAGAGGAAAGAAGAGAAAGGAAACGAAAGCUGAGCAAAGAAAUGGCAGAAAAGGCCACAAGGGAACUGGAAAAAAUGCAGCUAAAAGAAAAGGCUGACAUAAAGUAUAAAGAAUGGUUAGAGAAGAAGAGAGCUGAAGAGGCAGAAAAGAAGAAGAAAGAGAAGGAAAAAGAAAAAGAACGGAUGGCUGAGCUACAGGAGAAGAGAACAAGAUCAGAGAAAAUCUUUAAGGAAUGGCUGCAAAAUGCUAGAAAUAAACCACAGCCUGCUUUAAAUGGUUUCCCAAAUGGGAGGUCUACAGGAAGUGCUGAUAGAAAUCUGUAUCCAGCUCCAGCAUAUUGUAACCCCAUUCCUUGGAAGCCAGUACAUGUGUCUCCCCCAAAGGAAGACACAGUUCUCAGCAGGAAGAGGGGUCAGAGACCUGCAUCUUGUCAGCCAUGUGCAGCUUUACCAGUGGUGAUUUCUAAGCCCAGGAGUAACCCUUGUAGUGGAUCCCUGUGCAGAAAGAAGCUAUAGAUGGAAGAAAAAAUGUUCUUACAACCUUGACCAAAUGGGGCCAUAAAUGUGAAGUUCUGUGUAGUUAUAUGUCCAGUGCAGUUUGCUUUGUGCCUGCCUUCCCCCCCCCGCCUUUUUUUUUUUCCUCCCCUUUUUUUGGAGCAGGUUUUGUGUUUACUGCUAGUUGACCAAUCAGGCUUUUAAUGCUUUUUCUAUAUUGCAUUUUAGUUUAAGAAAAAGGAAAAGAUUAAUUGUAAUGGGACUGUGGGACUGUACCUCAAUGCCAAUAAAAUGCACAGGGUUGUUUCUUCUUUUCCUCUCUUGUUGAAGGAGUUCUUUUGUAGAUCUAAUUAUUCUUUUGGGCAACAGUAUUGACUAGGUUAUUUUAAAGAUAAAUUUAAUUUGUAACAAAUUGUUUUAAUUGUAACAAAUUUUAAAACAGUUCUUGGCUAAAUGCGGAAGGAAUUGGCCUGCCUCAGUUCCAGGGUUAUCAUGUCACUGGGAUUACAGAGAUCUAGUGGGAUGGCUGGAGUGCUGCAAGGAAUGGCUGCAGGCUCUUGAGGAAGCACGGGCUCUUUGCUGGCCCUGAUAUGCACAAACCAGGGAGAGCUGCUCAGGGGUGUGAAGUUUGGGGCUAGUGAUGACAUGCCUCAAUCUGUGAGAUUUGGUCAGGUGCACCUGAGAAUGCUGAGGAAGUGGCACAUGUCACUGUAAGGAUGCUCUCAAUUAUCUUUGAGAGGUCUGAUGAUAAGGGGAGGUUGCUGAGAGCUAGAAGGAAGUGAAUGUCAGGCCAGCCUUCAGGAGGGGUGUGGAUGCAGAGCUGCAGGCCAGCACAGCCUCACAUCAGUCACCUGGACAGCUGAUGAUGGAUGUGGUGAGUGCAGCCAGCAGCCUCCUGGGCUGCAGAGGAAGAGCCUGUCCCUUGUGCCAUAACUAUGUGAGACCACACUGGAGUGCUGGGCCCAUUCCUGGGCAGCAAUGUGCCAGGAAAAGAGUGACACUGAUGUUCUGGAGCAAGCUCAGUGAAGAGCCACAAAGAUGAUUAAAGGAUUGCAGCAUCUGACAAGAAUGCAUCUCUUUCAGAAGCUGAGAGAGCUGUGACAGUUCAUCAUGAAGGAGAGAAACUUCACUAAUGUCUGUAAAUACCUGGUGGCUGGAGAGAGAGAGCAGACCUUCCUCACUAGUGCCCAGGGAGUGGAAAUCAAAGUACAGGAAAUUCCAUUUAAACAGAGGGCAAAAAUGUUAAGAGGAAGAGUCAUCUAAUGCUGGAACAAAUUGCCCAGGGAUGUUGUGGAGUUUCCAUUCUUGGAUAUACUCAAAACUUGACUGGACAUAGCCCUGAGAAACCACCUCCAGUUGGCCCUCUUUUGAACAACACAGUUGGACUAGAUAAUUUCUAGAGGUCCAUUCCAGUCUCAACAAUUCUGUUAUUAAUGGUGAAAAAAGCAGAAAUAAAGAAGACUUAUUUUUCCUGUUGUAGUUGUA